GUUUAUUUAUGACGUAGGAUGAAAGUGUAUAUAUAUACUCAGAUGUAUGAAACAUUGAAUCAUAAUUCGACAGUAAAUCCGAGUACUGACGACAAACUGAAACUGUUAAAAAGGUAUGAAUAUGGCAAUUCCUGGAGGACCAAUGGAAAUUUGUUUUUCAUUUGACACAACUGGCUCGAUGGGUGCAUGUAUCAACGAGGUAAAAGGCAAAGUUCAGGAUCUAAUACAACGUCUCCAAGCUGACAUCCCUGGCAUCCGAAUGGCUGUCUUUGCACAUGGCGACUAUUGUGACAAACACAAUUAUAUCACGAAACACAUUGACUUUUCAACAGAUGUAACUAAAUUGUGUAACUGGGUGAAAACUGUGGGUACAACCGGAGGAGGAGACGGAGAUGAAUGUUAUGAACUUGUAUUACAGGAGGUUCAGUCUUUGUCAUGGACUCCAGGAUCAAAGCGAGCAUUGGUGAUGAUUGGAGAUGCUGAUCCACAUGAACCGGGAUAUAAUUAUGGCGGGAAAACAUACAACAUUGAUUGGAGGGAUGAAACCUACAAACUUCUAAUGAUGAAUAUCAGAAUAUAUGGAGUACAAUGUGGUUAUUAUGGUUCAUCAAAAGAUUUCUAUAACAAAAUGACACAAGCUACUGAUGGAAAAUGUCUAAAACUUGCAGACUUUGCAAACAUGUUUGAUUUUAUGAUGGCCAUAUGUUACAGAGAACAUGAUGAAACUCUUUUACAGAAUUAUGAAACAGAAGUUCGAGCUAGAGGGACCACCAUAAACAAAGACUUAGAAGCUUUAUUUGGUAAACUACGACGUGCAGAUACAGAAGUUAUGGAUACAAGUCCAUCAGUCCCGACUGCUCUAACCAAAAUACCGUCACUGACAAAGCCAUCAUCAGUUAAAAUGCUGAAACCAAGUCUAAAGACAACAGUUAAGACCACAAGAAAACCACGUACAACACGGUUCAGAUCUAAACACGAACGAUUGCUGGAUAGACGAAAUGAGGAACGUUUGGAAAAAUACAAGUUAAAAAAUCUGCCGAAACUGAAAAGAGAAAACGUUCCCGAAACAAACUUCAUGCUUAAUGAUGCUCCUUGGUCUAAAUGGCAGCUAGCAGUAACACAAACCCUGCCGGAAGGAACAGAAUCUGACUUGUGGGAAAAAAGGCGAGGUGAUUUAACUGGCUUCCGAAGGAAAGAAAUAUGUGAUGGACAAUAUCAGAAACCUGCACUAUAUGAAUUCGCUGUACAAACAGCUGAACAUUGCAAGCGAUAUGUUGUGUACUGUAAAUGUAACAAAGGUUUCAUGUUGGACAAAGGAUCAUGGGAAUCUCGUUUAUUGAAUACACCAAACGUGAGAACUGAAGUAGAAGAUGUGCUCAAGAAAGGUUUCCGUUUAUUUGUAAGACGUUUCCCAUUAAAGAAAACAUGUGCAACAUCAAACAAGAUGACCGAUCUUGGUCACUAUGAUUACGCUUGGAGAGGUCAGCGAAAAGAAAGAACAUCUCCUCGUUUUGUGGAAUACAAACUCUGACCAUUUGUAAAUAAAACUCAUUUCAUUAUAUGUAUUGAAAAAUAUUUGAUCAAGAACUAUGCAUGUAUGUGAAACUAAUAUGUUAUUAUUUAUUUUGUUUGUUACAAUUGUUGUUGAAUAAAAAUGUAAAAUUAAA